AUGGAGUUGCGAAAGACACUGCAUCGUGCAGCUUACCAACACAAGACGGUCAAGAAGCUUGAACAGCACAUGAUCGAUAUCUUGAAGCUCAUGGAUGCGGUUCCAUGGGUUACUGGCAGCAAAGGGCGCAUGACCAUUAGCGAGGCAGCUCUACAGUUGGAUCCCGUUGCGUAUCCGAAAUUGACCGACUCCUUCGUUGAGAGCCGAUUAAUGGACCAAGAGGAUCCCAAUUUGCAACGAGCUUCUGAGGAAUACAAGGCAAGAUUCUUAGAGAGGAAGCUAAUGCGGAUGCCAAUGUCUUGGAGUUUGCCCAAUUCAGACGAGAACGACAACUUUCAUUUGCCCACAGAUGAAGUAUUCUUCCGAGAGGUCCUUCGAGUGUACGAAUCGUCACGUGUCCGGAAUAUCAGCAGAGACCCCUUCGUCCCCAUGACGAAAGAUCAGCUGCGGUUGUCCACGGCCAAAUUGACUUAUGGCAUGGGCGAGAAUGAUCCUAUGCUGAAGAUUGUUUUUCAUGACAAACAGAACCAGAAGAAGGAUACCCACGGAGAUCCAGACGCCAAUCCUCACCGCACCCGUCUUUUCCUCUUUUGGAAUCCAGACAUUGGUCAGCUGGAGGACAAAGCGACACUGCAAAGGCUAACUGCAGCGGCUUAUGAGGUCGCUAAAGGGCUAGAGGGUAACCAGGAGCCAGACACCACGCCUGCUUCACCCUUGAAGCCCAGGAGGGUGAGUGGUGUGUCCUUGGACGCUGCCACACCUCCAGUCAAGAAGCGGCGCAAGCUCGCCUUCCAAUCCUCUUGUCCAGACGACAUUUUCGAGGACAGCAUCCAGUUCUCACAAUGA